GUCCUAUUGGGCGUUCAAAUUAAUAAUCCCAAUUCUGUAUUGUUAUAAUCAGAGGAGAAAACCUCUUUUUUAAAUAUUAACUGCUAAAUGGUUCCUAACAAUGGUCUGUGGCUGAUUCCAUAUUUAAGAGCUUGUGCUUUGAUCCUCUGCCUCAAUACAUAAGCGAUUUUGGGUUCUGUCUGUUGUAGCCUUUUGACUUUGAAGACAUGAAAGCAAGGAGGGGAAAACGUUCAGAGGCAUUUUGGCCUUCCCUUGUGAUGAAGAAAUGGUUAAAUAUAAAGCCGAAGGUGUAUGAUUUUAGUGAAGAUGAAGUUGAUACUGAAACUGAGAGUGAAGACGACGCUUACUCUGUCAAAGGUUCAAGAGUGCGCAUUUGUGAAGACAACCCACGCAGAGAGGCAAAGAUCCAAUCAGUAUUCACUAGUCAAACUUCAGAUACACCUCCCAUGGGUUACAAGACAAGACACAGAAGGGGAAAAUCAGAAACUCUGCGCGCUCAGUAUAUUGAUACGAAGGAAAUAAGGGUAACUGUUGGAACUUGGAAUGUUGCUGGAAGAGUUCCCUGUGAGGAUAUUGAGAUCGAUGACUGGCUUUGUACUGAUGAGCCUGCAGAUAUAUACAUUAUUGGUUUUCAAGAGGUAGUCCCUUUGAAUGCUGGCAAUGUGUUUGGAGCAGAGGAUAAUACACCUAUCCCAAAAUGGGAGGCAAUCAUUCGAAGAACUCUGAACAAAUCUUCUCAAACUGAAAGCAAAAUCAAAAGCUACAGUGCCCCUCCUUCUCCAGUAUUAAGGACUUCCUCAGCGGCUGAUGUUCUAGCAGACAAUAUAGAUGCUAAUCCAUUAGAUAUGAUGGGUGAGGAGUUCGUAGAAACCAUAAAAAAGAAUGAUUUGGGAUAUCAGGAAGUGAAAAAGGCGAUUGAUAUAGGAAAAAAUUUACACUUGAGUAGAAUAUAUGGCAUUGAUCUUCAUACUAGUCUUGACUGGCCCGAACGUCCGUUAGAUGCAUUCCCUCAAGCUGUUGAUUCCAAUUCAAAAUUGCGGAGAGUACUGAGCAGCACAGCUAGAAUUGGCUUUAAUUGGACGGAAAAUACUUUAAAAUAUGGCAAUAGGAUGAAGCGUUCUCACCACAGUUAUGGGAACCUAGGCAUGAUCUGGAAGGAGGAGAAAGUGGUGCCAAGGGAAAUAAUUGAUUCCCACUCCGAUGUGUCCGACAUAUCUGAUGAGGAAGAUAACACUAUCUUUGAGUUACCAAAGAACCAGGAUGAUGAUGGAUUAGGCACUGUGAAAUCACGUCCGAGAUAUGUCCGGAUUGUCAGCAAGCAGAUGGUAGGGAUUUAUGUAUCAGUUUGGGUUCAGAGGAAGUUGAGAAGGCACAUCAAUAAUUUGAGAGUUUCUCCCGUUGGAGUUGGUCUGAUGGGCUACAUGGGAAACAAGGGGUCUGUUUCAGUAAGCAUGUCUCUCUUUCACUCGCGGCUGUGCUUUGUUUGCUCUCACCUCACUUCUGGUCAGAAGGAUGGAGCUGAAUAUAGACGAAACUCUGAUGUUAAUGAAAUUCUACGCCGCACCUGCUUCUCAUCUCUCAUUGAUACUGAUCAACCACAGACAAUCCCAUCGCAUGAUCAGAUUUUCUGGUUUGGAGAUUUGAAUUAUCGAAUCAGUAUGUUGGACAGUGAUGUAAGAAAACUGGUGGCUCUGAAGAAGUGGGAUGAACUAAUGAAUAAUGAUCAGCUAAGCAAAGAAAUGCGUUUUAGGCAUGUAUUUGAUGGAUGGAAAGAGGGGUUGAUAAACUUUCCUCCAACUUACAAGUAUGAAAUUAACUCAGACAGAUAUAUUGGUGAGAACCCAAAAGAAGGGGAAAAGAGGAGAUCUCCUGCAUGGUGCGAUCGAAUAUUGUGGAUGGGAAAAGGAAUAAAGCAACUUUCAUAUGAUCGCGCAGACAUAAGGAUAUCAGAUCAUCGACCAGUUAGUUCUAUCUUCUCAAUUGAAGUUGAAGUAUUUGACCAUCGAAAGCUUCAAAGAGCUCUAAAUGUCAACUGUGCAGCAGUACAUCCUGAAGUCUUCCUUGAUGAAGAAGGAGAGUUCAUGAGCUGGAUCUGAGAUGUCAACAUCCUGAAAGUAACAUUGUUUUUGGGAGUUUCUCCCUACCUUGGAUAUCAAGCAUUUUGUGAAUUUGACAAACAGAGAAGCCAUUGAGAUAGUUAUAACAAAAAAAACUGUAUAUAGUUAUACAUAGGACGAUUUGAACUUUUUCCUUGUUUCUUUGUUCUUUGGUAGACAACGAUUAUGUUUUUGAUCUAAUGAGUUGUGUAUCCCUAUGAUUCUUGUUUUGCUCCUUUGACCAUAAACUUCAGGCUGUGGUCUGCCUUCUGUAACAUCAGACACAUUCUAAAUAAACUGACAUAUUUACACAAUGAA